UUGUCUAUUAGAUGGACAUCAUUAAAGAUGUCCAGAAAUUAGUAAUUGUGGUCAUGAAUGAUAUGAAUUUCAUCAACAACUACUCUCCUGAAAAUGGUCGUAGGAGACACCUUGGAAGAAUCUGGGAGGUUAGAAGUAGUAGAGGAUUGGGUUUACAAACUGAAUCUGGGGUAAGGAUUGCGUUGACAUCCCCGCACUGUUGUAGGGAUUGGGUUGACUGUCGGAGACAGCUCGAAGUGACCAAAGUGUAAGGUCUUGAAGGUGUUCCACUUCCCGACUUGGCGGCUUGAUGUGAAUCAAUCGGUGCACUUGAACACAACAAGGAAGAGCCAAAGAGCUCAAAGGUCAAUCAACCUUGCUUAUCAUCUUGAUGGUCCUGGAUCCUUUAGGUAGGAGUAGUUUAACGUGAGUACAGUUCGUGAGAGAGCAUCAGCGUGACUGUGCUCGAUUGAGUUGGAUUCUAGUGGUGUUCAAACAAGAACUUCCUCCUUCGUUGUGGUUUGCCGUUCCUUGCUUGUCUUCCUCCGGCGGUACGACUUGGGCAAGAACUUCUACUGACCUUUCUACGGUUUGGCGAACCUUUUGGGCAGUUAGCAACCUACAGGAGAACAACAACAUCCAACAUUCUACUCCUACCUUGAAGCAGAACUUGUGGCUACUUCUUCUACCACUACAGAACAAAAACUUCUUCUGCUUCAGCACUAGACUAGUUAGCAACACUUGUGUUCUUGUUCGACGUGUUCUAGUGUUCCCCCGCGGCUACAGCAAAGAUGUCAUCUACCUGGCGUCUGCCGCC